AUGGCGUCCGUGACGUCUCUCCCUGCAGCUCUGACCGUUGCUGCUGGUGUGUCCGCUUCGCUCCCCGCCUCCUCUCUCUCCCACACUUCCACUCCGUCGUCGUCGACUCGCGUUGCCUCGCUAAAAUGCCGAGCCGAGGCACGUAAGGAUGACGUUACUUCUCAACCCGCUGACGUGGCAAAGUGGCUCGGCACAGCCGCAGUGACCUUAUCCGCCACGGCAGCGCUUUUCUGCGGCUCCGUCGACCCCGCAUUCGCCGACGUGGAAUUAAAGACGUACUACGGCACAGCUGCUAGCGCGUCGUCCUAUGGCGGGUACGGCGGGAACGCGAGCAAGCAGGCGACGGCGGAGUAUAUUUACGGCGUUCCCGACGAUUGGAAGGAGCGCGCGAUCUCCAAGGUUGAGAAGGGUACUAACGGCACGGACAGCGAGUUCUUCUGGCCGAAGAACCGCAACGUGAAGACUUACGUCACCUUCCUCGCCGGCUUCCGCCGUCUUCCCCCCCAGGAGAACGUGCUGAGCGACAUUGCUCUCUCGGACGUCAACCUGCAGGAUUUGAUUCUGUCCGCAGACGAGAUAAAGCAGGGGCAGCACCGGGACCCUGACAGCAACCAGCUGUACUACGACUUUGAGAUUGACAGCCCGCUGGGCCACGCCCUCAUCACUGUCACUGCCGCCAAGAACAAGCUCUACGCUCACUUUGUCAACGCACCUGAUAAAUACUGGAAAACGGACGAGGCUCUGCUUCGGCAGAUCCAGACCUCAUUCAAGACCCUGUCCCUUCCUCCCUUCCUCUGCUCUCCCUCCUCUCCUCUCUCCUUCUACCUCUCCUCUCUGCUUCUUCCCCUCCUCUCUCCUUCCUCUCCUCUCUCCGUCCUCCUGACCUCCACUCUCCUUCUCUCCGCCUCUCUCCCUCCUCUCCUCCUCUCUCCUUCCUCCUCUCCUCUCUCCUUCCUCCCCUCCUCUCUCCUUCCUCUUCUCUCUCCUUUCUCCUCUCUCCUCUCCUUCCUCCUCUCAUCUCUCCUUCCUCCUCUCUCCUCUCCUUCCUCCUUUCCUCUCUCCUUCCUCCCUUCCUCCUCUCGCCUUCCCCCUCUCGUCUCGCCUUCCUCCUCUCCUCUCUCCUUCCUCCUCUCCUCUCUCCUUCCUCCUCUCCUCUCUCCUUCCUCCCUUCCUCCUCUCGCCUUCCCCCUCUCCUCUCUUCUUCCUCCUCUCCUCUCUCCUUCCCCCUCUCCUCUCUCCUUCCUCCUCUCCUCUCUCCUUCCUCCUCUCCUCUCUACUUCCUCCUCUCCUCCUCUCCCCUUCCUCCUCACCUCCUCUCCCCUUCCACCUCUCCUCUCUGCUUCCACCUCUCCUCUUUCCUUCAUCAUCUCCUCUCUCCUCUUCCCCCUCUCCUCUCCCCUCUCCCCUCCCCUCCCCCUCCUCCCCCCCGGUCUCCUCCUCCUCCCCAUCCCCCUCCCCUCCCGGAACAACCUUCGCCACAUCCACUCCAAACAUGCCACGUCAGCAUGCCCAUGCAGCUCCACGUCAUCCCAUCACCACUUAAGAUGA